AUGCUAGACUUUUACUUUUCAAAGGACAAUCUGGCUGUUCAAUACGGAACCUGGGCACCAUUAACCUCAGAGAACUCACAACAACGACGUGUGCCCUUCUUGGUCGUGAAGCGUCAAAACCAUGAUUUUCGGGAACAGGUAUUCGUUGAAUGCAAACGACUACGCGCGGAUGGAGAAAAGGCGGAUGGAAAGGCUUGGGAGAAUGCGAGAGUUCAGUUGGAGAUGGACAUGCAUAUCUGGCAGACCCAAUAUCAGGUGCCGCAUCCAAGUUACUACGGUCUCAUUAGCAUCGGUGCUGAGGUUCGAUUCUUUAUUAUGAAUCGGCGCUGCUGUGAUAAACUUGAGCCGCUUCAUGGUGAUCCUCGGAGCUUUUCGCUUAAUGAUGAUGCGAUUGAAGUUCAUGAUAAUAUGAAGGAGAUAUGUGAGAAGAUUUUGGAGGAUUAA